AAGCUUUUCUCUCUCUCUCUCUCACUCUUUCCCAAUCCUCAGGCAGUUGAGCGGACUUUAGAGAGAAGCAGAAGCAGCCACACAGCAAGAGGAAGAGGAAGCUUCUUCCACUGUUAACGAACAGACUUGCUGAAGGAAAAUGGCGCUCAAUGGCGUUUCAGAUUUGCUCCAAGAGAAUGUGAAGAAGCCUCGCUUCUGCAAGUCUCUUUCUUUGGGAGAAAACUGGAAGUCUAAAUCAAUGAGGAUUAUUCCUGAAGAGUUUGUGAGAAGUGCUCAUGGUGCAUUUGAACACAGGCUAGUGUUUACCGUUUCUUGGGGAAAUUCGUGGCAAGUCUGGCUCCAACGAGACAAGAACGGUCUGUUCAUGGAAGAAGAAGACUGGAACGAGUUUGUGGAUGACAACUUGUUAUGCCCUAACGAUAUCUUGCUCUUCACACAUGAGGACACAAUGUUUACUGAAGUGAGAAUCUAUAAAAAAGAUUAUCGCUUCUUCAAACAAGUCAUCUCAGCACCUCUUGCACCUCAAGUGGUUGACCCUAAGCCAAAAGCCCCUUCCUCUGCACCUCCUGGCUUUGCUCCCUUUCCUUCUGCCUCGGCAAGUAGAGCGAGACAGAGCUCUUCUCCUGUCCAAAACCCUGAGCAGUACCUCGUAAACCCCCAAAACCCCUACUUUGUGAAGACACUGUCCAAAAAAAUCGAUGUUCUGUAUGUGAACCAAGAGGUGAUUCAGAAGUAUGGGUUGAAGUUUGGUCCCCAUCUGUCCCCCGUUUAUUACCUUCUUCCCGGAGAAAAACACGAGGCUGUGAUUAAGAUCUACCGCAACGCCCCUUGUUUCAAUCGCUGGGCAGCCAUAUGUAAGAAGUACAACAAGAAAGAAGGAGACAGUGUUGUUUGUGAGCUUGAACGCUCAGGUGGUGUGGUUACUGCUGUUAGAGUGCAUUUCGUUGAUGAAUGAAGAGACCAAGAAGACCUCUCUUGUCUCCUUCCUAUGAGUUAAGUUUUCCCAUAAGUGUUUACAAAAUUUACUAUUUGUAUUGCAACAAUUAAGUAACUGUCAGUGUGGUACUAGGUCUAAUUUACUUAGCUUUCUUGUGACUAUGCUUCAUAUAAUCUCUCCUUUUACAACCGUAUAAAAUAAAAACACCAAAAAGACAAUGUUUUAAA